CGCAUUUCAUAGUUCUAUAAAUUGAUCCUACUCUUGAAAGUAUGCUAUAGACAAAUCUUACGAUGUCUAUUCUUAGCAACACGUAAUUGAAUUUCUCAUCUCUUAAAUAAUGAUUUUUAUAACUUCACUAAUAACUUCCACUGCUUUCCGCUCUCAUAAUUUAAUUGAAGCAUUUCUGAUUGCAUUUGGUUAUUCAAUACAUUAAUUUGAUUUCACACUAAAAAGUCGACAUAAAAACCCUAUUGCCAGUUGAUUACCAUUACAAGCGCUUUAGUAUCAAUUACGAAUGGGCGCUACCCGAAACUAUAAAUGCAAAUUAAAUUUUAAACAUCAAGCCACAACUUGGCAGCUUUGCACCACCCAUAACCACUAAAAACAAAAGCUAACGGCCGUGCCAACAAAACAUUAAUGGAGCCCCCAGAAAUCAAGUACUUCCUCGAGAGAUCGAGUGCAUGUGUGUGUAUGUAUGUAUGAUGAUAUUCAAAAUCGCCAAAAUACGUAUUAUAAUAUUAUAAUCACAUGUUGAACACCCGUUAAACUCAAAAAGCCACAGCAAAACUUUCCGCACUACUAAAAUUUAUGCACCGCUGACGUUGAUCCAUCUGGACACCGACACUUUGGGGGCAAGUAUAAAACACAUGGCGCCAAUGAGAAAGACGUUUAAUGCAGUUUUAGCAGCACAAGGGAGAUGUACACAAAGGAAUUCAGAUGCCUGCUCUGUCAGUUGCUCCUAGCGCUGCUCUUCGCCGAUGCCAUGGGAAGGCUGAACAAGCGUAAUGGAUUUUAUUACAGGCAACAGCAGCAGCAACAGCAUCAGCAGCAGCAUCCACAACAGCAUACGCAAGCGCCUCCACUGCAGUUACAUCAACAUGGCAACUUCUUUGAUCCCUCGUAUCCAGCUUAUGAGGAACCGGAGCAGCAACAUCAAUCUCACAGCAGCAGCAGCGGAGACCGCAACAGCAAUUCGAAAGCUCAGCACAAUCAACACAGCAGCCCCAGUGGAGAAGGAGGCAAGACUGGAUAUAGCAUAGGCAGCGGAUUACGUUCCAUUGCACAAGGAUCUGCAGAUCAGGCUUACAGCGCAGUGGCCAAUCAACAUGCUGCUGCCAAGCAGGCUGCCUUCAUAGCCAAGAACACACUCGCCCAAGCUGCAUCACAGGCAGCAGCAACGGCUCAAGCAGCGUUGGCUGGCAAGCAAGUGAUUCUACAGGAAUUGGAGCAACAGGCAGCCGAAGCACAACGUGCUCUCUCUCGCGAAUUGGAGCAACUGAAGGCAGCCAAGCUGUCUGCGAAGCUUGCACAGCAAACCGCCCAGGCAGCACAUCAUCAUAUCUCAGUAUUAACUGCAGCUGUCAACAAUGCCAAAUCUGUUGCCGAGCAGGCGGAACAAACCUCCAGUGAGGUGUCGAACCAACUGGCAUCCCAGGCCACAAUGGUUGGUCAGGCGAAAAAUCGCGUAGAGCAGGUGGAAGAGCAGCUGCAGCAGGCGAGAGUUGACUUUGCGGCGACCAAGGAGUCGGCCAUUAAGGCAGCAUCCUCUGCAGCUGCUGCUCAAGUGAAUGCCUCAAAGGCCGCAGCACAUGCUACAAUUGGUCUGCAUGAGAGUGCAAAUCAGCAGGAUCAUCAUAAUCAUGAGGAGGAACUGGAAUCAUACGAUGAGCCCAUAGACACAAGUGGUUCGGGUCACUCUGAGAACGAUGCCCUCGAGGAGCAUCCCCACAAUGGCUAGUCCAUAAAUAUUUAUGUAAAUUUUAGGGAUUUUAAUGCCAAAAACACAACUCUAUUGCAUAAGUAAAUUAUGUAUGCACAAUAAGAGAGUCUUAAAUGUAAAAAGUGUAACGAAAAUAAAUUAAACUUACCAUUAAGUUCCAAAGGUGAAACUGAAUUAAAACGGUUAUAUUCCAAUUACGAUUUCAGCAAACUCAAAAACAUGCAACACACAAAUAUUAA